AUGAGCCCCAUUGAGUUACUCGCGGGCAACCCGAUACGAGGACCGAAGUUCUCCCCCUCCCCCGACCAACGCAGUCACCCCAUUGUUUCCAUCGUCAGAGACGGUGUUGGGUGGUGCAGGAGGACGGGUAGGGAAUGGGCAAUGAGCCGCUAUCGAAUUGCUUCUAUGGCGGCGCGUUUCCGCAGUGCCUGGCUUGGUACUUUGGUUGCCCAAAGCGCAGGGUGUCCGGGGACUUUCUCCCAAAGCGAGAUUAGAAGACAAUGCCUUCUGUGUGUGAGCUUUGAAUGCGAUUCUUUGAACGAGGAGUUGGAAGAAGGAAGAGGCUGCAGUUGGGGUUUUUAUUUUUUGAGUGGAUGCGUAGCGGUCAUGUGA